AUGGACGGACGGCUACCAACAACAAUCCAGGAGGCGGAGGCCCUUGUUCUCGCUCUUUAUGAGCCAGCACCCCCCGAGGCCAUUGCCCGCAUACAGGAAGUAUUGCACCGUCUGCAGAGAUCACCCUCCGGCUGGUGGAUUGCUCGCGAUCUCUUGAGCCAUAACGACGACAAAGUCAAGUUCUUUGGGGCCCUUACCCUCAUCGUCAAGUUGAAUACCGAGAGCUCGUCUCUAGACAGCAAUGAUGCGUCCGAACUGUUGCAAAAUCUUGUCGGUUGGUUUGUCAAAUCACUCGACGACGGAUCUGGUGCUUUGGUCAUCAGAAAGCUUUCGUCGGCACUUGUCACUUUCUUCCUGCACUUUCCAACUCGUUGGGAAUCUUGCAUUCGUCAUCUCUGCUGGUCCUUGUCAGAAGGUGCUCAUUUGUCACAAGAGCGUAUCAGCCCGACGUCGGAUUUGUCGGGUCUGCUCCAAAGUCUUCACCCGCGCAAACUGCAAGCUGCUUUGUGGUUUUCGGGAACCUUAGUAGACGAGUCAUCUAAGGUUGAGAUGAACUCAGCCAAACAUUCGGGCUUAUAUAAUUCCCUGAUGAGCAACGCCCCAGAUGCCUUGGCGUUGAUGUCUUAUGUGCUCAAUCACGGCACGUUCGCUGAUCCUGCGGAUAGCAGCAUUCGCCGAGAUUCCAUGACUUGUCUGCAGUCAUGGGUCUGGUUCUCUCAGCGAGUGUCCUCGCAGAAUGACGAGCUAGUUGCCUCUCUCCGCACUUUGAUACAGCCUACGAUCGUGGCCCUAGGCGAUGAAGAUUUAUAUGAAGUCGCGGUGGAAUUACUUGCCGACGUUCUGUCCAAUUACUCGGUUUUCUUGACCGAGAGCCACUACGAGUCCCUUUUUUCCCUUUUUGAGACUCAGUGGUCUCAUGAAAGAUACCGCCGUCUAGUUGAAGGCGACUUUGACUUCGACUCGAUUCAGUACGGGCAGCUUAUGAUCUCGCUGGGUGACUCCAAGGUUCAGAGUCUCAUUCACAGUGUGGACAACCGGUCAUCAAACUUCCUGGCUACGUUUGUGUCACUCAAGGAUUCUGAUAAGGGAGCGCAAGCGACAAUUGACCAUGCCGUUGCUCAACUGGGUCCGAUGAUUGCACAGUCUAUUGUUCAAAAUAUUGGCGGCAACGCCUCGAGAAGUGAGCUGGAUAGGCUCGGUGAACCAUUGAAAAAGAUGGUCAGCAAUCAGGUAAAGGCCCGCGCCUGGCUCGAGCAAGCCUUGUUCGACCCUUCUUUUCCCGGCCAGCACAUUUCGAGUGAGGAGAAGGCUGUUUUCCUGAAAAAGAUUAUCAAGUCAGUACUAUUCUUCGACAAUAUAUCUCUGCGCAUGCGUCAUAAUCACUAA